ACAUAUGUUGAUAUUGAAAAUUUGUCUUUGAGCACAAUAGGAAUACAGUGUUGUGUUGCCAGAGAAAUUGAAGACAGGAAAAUGGAGUGUGUACAGGUCUGCUCGCUCACCGGUGAAGCUCGUAUCGCGGUUUCCCGAUCAUCCCAACAUUGGUACAUUGCAUGACAAUUUUGUACAUGCUGUUGAGUUCUUUGGAGAUUACGGAUAUCUCGGAGCAAGAACUCGAGUUGAUUGAACCGUUGGAGAGUAAGUUUCCUAUUGACAAAAUCAAGGUCACAGUUUGUUGUCAAAGUUCAUUCAUUUGCUUUCGUUUUUAUGUUUUGUCAUCAAGGUACAAGUGGAUGACGUACAAAGAAGCUGCUACUGCUCGGACAGCUAUCGGAUGCGGCCUAAUACAUCAUGGAAUACUAAAGGGCUCUUGCAUUGCAUUAUAUUUCAUCAAUAGACCAGAGUGGCUCAUUGUUGAUCAUGCCUGUGCUGUAUAUUCUCUUAUUUCAGUUCCUUUAUAUGACACUCUAGGUCCGGACGCUGUCAAGUACAUUAUAAAUCACGCAGAUCUAAAAGCUGUAUUUUGCAUGCCCCUAACUUUGAAUUCUUUGCUGAGCAUUUUGUCUGAGAUUCCAUCCCUUCGAUUGAUUGUGGUAGUUGGAGGAAUGGAAAAUGAAGUGCCUUUGUUGCCAUCAUCAACUAGCGUUCAGGUUGUCACAUAUUCACAAUUAUUAAGUCAGGGCCGUAGUAACCUUCACCCAUUUUGCCAACCGAAACCAGACGACGUCGCUACCGUUUGCUACACUAGUGGUACAACUGGAACACCAAAGGGAGUGGUGUUGACACAUGGGAACUUGAUUGCAAAUGCAUCUGGAUUCACCAUUUCAGUAAAAUUUAACCUCUCAGACGUUUACAUAUCGAAUCUCCCUUUGGCACAUAUUUUCGAACGAUUUGAUCACAUCAGUUUGGCUCAUUUUGGAGUUGCAGUUGGAUUCUACCAGGGGGAUACCAUGAAAUUAAUUGAUGACUUUGCUGAUAAAGAGACCCCAAGCAAGGGCGUAUUUUGCAAAAGCAAUUUCAAACAUGUAUGCAGAGCUGAGUACAUCUGA